AUGCGCGGUCGUAUGGACCUCCUCCCGCGCCUCCUCCUCCUCCGCCGCCACGUCCACCGCCGCGCCAAACCAUCGCCCCCUCCCCCUCCCCCCAACCCGCCGCGCCCGCCGCAGAAGCCCGAGCCCGUCUCCAUCCACGGGGAGACGUGGCACGACAGCUACGCUUGGAUGGGCGCGCUCUCCGACGCCGCCGCCAUGCGCCACAUGGACGUCCACAUGGAGGCCGAGGAGAAGUACACCGAGGCCUGCCUCGCCGCCUGCGGCGCCGACCGCCUCGCCCGGAAGCUCCAGCUCGAGAUGGCCUCCUGCCUUGCCUCGGACUCGUGCACGCCGCCCGUCCGCUGGGGCCCUUGGCUGUACUACCGGCGCGCGGACGAGGGCAAGCAAUACCCCGUGCUCUGCCGCCGCUCCGCCGCGCUCCAUAGCGAGUUCGUCUCGUACAGUGACCCCUCCGCAGGUUUCGACUUCACGGCUGGGAAGCGCAUCGAGCAGAAAUUGGUGGAUUACAACAAGGAGGCCGAGCGGUUCGGAGGAUACUCAUAUGAGGAGCUGUCUGAAGUAUCUCCAGAUCACAGGUUUAUUGCAUACACAAUGUAUGACAAAGAUAAGGACUCCUUCGCUUUAAUGGUUAGGGAUCUAGUAACAGGCACACUUUAUGAUAAACCCUGUGCUGAUCGGGUGUCAAAUAUUUCAUGGGCUAUGGAUGGGAAAGCAUUGGCUUAUAUUGUUACAAAUGAGGAAAGAAGACCAUAUAGGUUGUUUUGCAGCAUGAUUGGAUCCAACAAGGAUGACAUUCUCAUGUUGGAAGAACAUGAUGAGAAUAUUUUUCUAAAUAUCAGACAUACGAAGGAUUUUCGAUAUAUAACGUUAAAUGUCUUUUCAGACACUCACUCAAAGGUGUAUUUAAUAAAUGCUUCUGACCCCCUGUCCCAAAUGACGCUUGUAUGGGAAGGGGAAUCCCAAGUUCAUUGCAUUGUUGAGCAUCAUCGUGGACACCUUUUUUUGUUUACAGAUGCUGCAAGAGAAGGUGUCCUUGUUGAUUCGCAUUAUGUAAUGCAGUCUGUUGUGGAAUCUUCUGGGCCAAAUAGUUGGAAGAAUGUUUUUGUUGAGGAACCUGGUGUCAUUCUUGAAGAUGUUGAUUUUUGUGAUACUCACAUGGUGCUUACUCUGAGACAAGGCAGAAAACUUAGAAUUUGUUCUGUUAAUUUGCCUCUAACUGAAGAUAUCAAAGUACCUACUCAUCUAUCAGAUUUGCAUCCAAUUGACCUGCCUCUUCCCGGUGAUGUGUGUCAGAUUGUAUCUGGACCGAAUUAUGAUUAUUAUUCCUCAACAAUGCGUUUCACGAUAUCCUCACCUGUGAUGCCUGAUGCUGUUGUUGACUAUAACUUGCUGAAUGGACAGUGGCAAAUAGUCCAACAACAAAACAUGCUUCAUGAGCGAACAAGAGCACUAUAUGGAACUUCUUUUGCUGUAAAUAUGGGCAGGCAAUCCUCAGAUAAAGCAGAUUUUUCAAAUGAUGAUUUUGUUGGUUGUGCUUGGAAUGAGCUCUCUGAAUACUAUGCUUGUGAAUACUAUGAUGUUCCAUCAAAAGAUGGUGUUUUGGUUCCAUUAACUUUAGUAUACUCGCGGAAGCAUAAGCAAGAUGGAAAUCCAGGAUUACUUCAUGGACAUGGUGCUUAUGGUGAGAUUCUGGAUAAACGUUGGCGCAGUGAGUUAAAGACUCUACUGGAUCGUGGUUGGGUGAUUGCAUAUGCUGAUGUUAGGGGUGGUGGAGGUUAUGGAAAGAAGUGGCACCAAGAUGGUUCACGUACCAAAAAAAUGAAUUCUGUAUAUGAUUUUGUUUCUUGUGGAGAGUUUCUUCUUGAAAAGGGUAUCAUACAAGAAAAUAAGCUUGCUGGAUGGGGAUAUAGUGCUGGAGGACUUCUGGUGGCCUCGGCAAUUAAUUCUCGUCCAGAUUUGUUUCGUGCUGCUGUUUUAAAGGUCCCUUUCUUGGAUGUUUGCAACACCCUUCUCCAUCCUAUUCUACCUCUUACAGCCAUUGAUUAUGAAGAGUUUGGGUUUCCCGUGGAUCAUGAGGAAUUCCUUGCAAUCAGGAAAUAUUCUCCUUAUGAUAACAUCCAGAAGGAUGUUCCUUACCCAGCUGUGUUUGUGACAUCAUCAUUCAAUACAAGGUUUGGUGUAUGGGAGGCAGCUAAAUGGGUUGCAAAAGUCCGUGAAUUUACUCAAUAUGAUCCAGAGAGGCCGGUAAUUCUCAACUUGACAACAGAUGUUGUAGAGGAGAGCAAGUAUUUGCAGACCAAGGAAUUAGCAUUCGAGACUGCUUUCCUCAUUAAAAUGGUUUGCAAUGUGUGA